UAGUACCCAAUACGCAACGUUUCAGUGCGUCUAUGGGUGACGAAUCGACGCGGUCCUUUCGACAAUGAGAAUUUUACCCCAAGCUCUAAAACACUAAGAACUUAUAAUGCCAUAUAUAAAUUAUCUGUGAUUAAUUAGACUUUUUUAAGGACUUAAUACAGUUUAAGGUAGUGACUGUGAUUCUAAUGCGCCAUGAAAGUGUUGUACGUGUUUUUACUUUUAUGCAUUUUGAGCAUUUAUGCCCAAAGGAGGUUAACGAAACAUGACUCGUCGGAUUUGGAACCAACACCACAGAAGACUAUCAGGAGUAGGGGGCGAACUAGAUUUUCAAUUACACCCGAGUUCGAAAAUGUCAGUGAAGAUUACGAAUUAGUCAAGAAAGUUCAAAAUCAAGAAGGGCCUCGGCGACAACCGGAAAGGAAACCUCACAAGGUGGCGCAGGAUGCCAUUUUCAGCAGAAGAUCGUAUGAGGUGCGAGAAAUCGUGGACGAUAUCCCACGUGAAAAUCCUCCUAGGCUCAAGAAGAAGCCUCAUGUUGUCACCGAGAUGAAAUUUGAAGCGGCGAAUGCCCCGCCAAAGGAAAUAAUAACGCCAACUCCAUUACCUGAAACUGAUGUACCUGUAAGCAAACCCGCCGAGUCAGUCGCCGAAAAAUCGACAGAAACAAGCGUGGAACACACAAGUGCCGCACCAAUCCCAGAUCUUAAACGUAAAUCUACAGAAGCACCAGACGUACGCCGGUUUCAUUCCAGAGGGCGCCAGCUCCCUCCUAAAACCGAAGAGCCACCAGCUAGUAGAAGCAGAUCGAAACAUGUACAAAAGCAACCUGGCACGCACACGACUGCGGCCACCACACCUCACAGAUCGACCUACAGAGUGCAGAGAAGGCGACUCGAACCCACCGCCGAAACCGCACACGACUCAUUGCGUACAAAAGGACCGUCAGUCUUUUCGGCGGAACCCGCACAUGAAUUUCCCAGCCGAGCCAGAACUGGAAGAAAAGUAGUUACUCAAAGUGGCGAAGAUGUCACGGAGAACACGGUGGUACUGAGAAGGCGUCCCAGUCGGAGGUCUAAGACUCUCGAUUCCGUCACUGUUGCCCCCAAACCGGAGACCAGCAGUCAGCAAAACGUGAUUGAGCAAGAUGCAAGCCCUCCUGAGCGUAAAGUUGAGUCUAGGCGAAGCAGAGUUUCGACCUCAACGGAGGCAUCCACGACAACUCGCUCAGCACGUCGAGGUGUCACCCGUGUUCACCAAGAUGUUGAAGCAACAACUAUUCGCCAAAGAACGAGAACUCGUGCAAAAAGCGAGAGCGUCGUGACCACCCCCACGCGCGCUGUCUACUCAAGACGCCGCCAACCGACCAGCAUCGACGACAUUGACGCCGCCAGUACAAAGCAAACCGAAGUUAAAGUAAAAGUCUUCCCACCUCCCGAUUUCGAACCUACGAACGUAAGGGUGUCCCUGCAAAGAACCAUUUCCGAAGAAACCCAACCGGGACGUAUCGUCCGAAAACGGCUCCACCAUGUACGAAAAUCGCCUACGAAGGCUAACGAAAUUGUCGAACAGACACCCUCAGUCGACACCUUCGAUGCCCCCCGCAAAUUCGACCUACUCAACUUAAGACAAAAUGAAGAAAGAGGGCCUAGGCCUUCUCAACAGACCACCCGCAAGACCACCAGAAGCAAGCAGCAAACCGUCGAGAAGGCCUCCAGCUCUCAGGAUAGCGUCGACGAAAGCGAUAAUUACCCGGCCGCUUUCAAAGCCGCCAUCAUUCAAGCCAAGAAGAAGAAACACGGUCUUCUUGGGUCAAGGACGUUAACCGCUAACGAAGCUUCCGUCACGAAGACCGCGGAGACGACGACCGUGACUUCCUCAAUAUCUUCUACCAGUUCGAGGUCUUCUUUUCCUUAUCCGGACGCGGUUACGUCGGCAGCUUUGAAAAAAGAUGAGGAAACGUCGACAAUUCGCGCAUCUAGGUAUCCACCUCGGCCUAGAUUUUCUUUGACUACGAAACAACCGAAAAUUCCAGAAAAGGAGCGCGAAGUUCGAAAGUACAACUCGUACAAAUCUAAGUACCCCAAUCCUGCCGUCGAAAAUGAGCAGAGCCCCACAACCCAAAAAUAUCACGCGAGGUACCACGCCAAAAUUCAAAACGAUAUCGACGUCCCGGUCCCACCAAGACCGCCGAUUAAAACCCGCAAUUACAUACCAAAGCCACCAAAGGGUAUCUUCAGCAGUCGCAGAUCCGCCACUGAAGAGAAGCCGAUCAAAAUUGAAAUUUCCUCGCUGUCGACGAAAGUACCACCGGUAGGUCUAAGUGCCAGAAAUCGAUUUAGCGCGCGUUAUCGAAAUGAGAUCUUGCCCAAAUCAAUCGCACAUCGCCAAGCGACAAACGUUCCAUCUUACACCCCGACUGUGCCAACAGUCACGCCGCCAUCAAGCACCAUUAAAAUUGAAGACACUGUCCAGGGACUUGAGGUUAUUUCUUUUUACGAUCCGGUCUCGAAUACGGUACCAUCCGCAAAUUUAGUCAAUGGCGACGUUACGUCUUCCGUCUCAGAUAAUUCAACCAGUCAGUCAACGGAAAGGCAGCUGACAAUUAUUGAAAGAAUCAUUAAUUCGAUUACCGCCAUAUCAACCACCGCAUCUCCCGACUCGACCACUGUGACCACGACCGCUGGACAGACAACUAAAAGUUCCGCCAUAUUAAACCUUGUCGCUAAAAGAUCCAAAGACGCUAGUUUAGAUGUGACCGAAACGACUUUACAAAACAGUACGACUGAAAAACCGACAACCUUAAUCGAACAGAUACUCAGUUCGCUCUCCGUAAUCAGAGCAGAUAGUGCAACGAUCGACUCGAACCAAGUAGGUACCACUUUAGUAUCCACGCAAGCCAGUGCACAAUCUUUAGAAAUUUUAGGAACGACACCUUUAUCUAUUAACAAUGAUGAUACCACAUUGCUAAGCACAACUUCUGUUUCGAGCACUGCACCCUACACAGAAACCACAAACACCGUAGUGCCUUUAGACGAAUUAAACACGAUCCCUACACGUGCUGUUGAUAUCAAACCUCGUUUUCUUUACCCCAAUUCUGCUGCUGAAGUAGUUACAACGCCCACAACUGAAGAACCUACUACAGUAGCACCGCGUGCCAAUUUUCCAAGUUCAGAUUCGUCCACAACUGACGAUGGCGAUAUGGGAAUGCUAUACACGUCAGCUAUUGAAAGUGAAACUGAAAAUCCCCAAAUAGCUGAAAUACUUUCCGCGGUUUCCAAUAUUGUUGCAUCAACUUUGGAACCGUCUAGUACCACCGUUAUGCCACCAACGGUGACUGUCCAAGCAAGUCCAAUUCCAGAGUCUACAGAACCCACCGUUUUUACUGUAACUGAGUCAUCGCAAUUCUCUACGUCUGAAAUUCAGUCUAGUGCGUCGCCACCUGCGACCACGAUCGCUGGGACAACUAUGGUUACUGACAGCAUUAAAACCGAUUCACCAGCAUUGCCCCCCGUUUCUUUGUCAAAUGCGGAUACUACUGUUUCCAGUGCGACAACGGAACAAACAGUAUCCAUCGAAAACUCUACCACUAUAGAAAUGUUAUCACGGCUCACUGUCACCGAUUCCACGGUGACUCAACCUCCAUCGAGCUCCCCUAACUCGGAUACUACCCCAGAAACUACACCUUCAAUUCAAAUGCGAUCCACACUUUCAUCUCAGUUCCCGUACCCAGAACCUACAACUGAUUCAACCAUUCCUGCUACCGUGACAAUCACUGCGUCUUCUCUUCCCGCUUCGUCAACUCAAUCUGACCCCGCCAUUGCGUUGUCAGUAUCUUCUGUGCCUGCAGAUGCAACUGUCACGAUGACGUCAACAGUCUCGUCGUCUCAAUUCCCCUACCCCGCAGCUGCGACUAUAACUGUGUCUUCUCCUCGAUCAGAUGCGACUAUGACAACACUAUCAACUGGCCCGUCCUCAGCGCCAACGUUAACCAUGGUUUCUCUUCCCUCAGAUGAAACUGUCACACAAUCAACAGUUCCAUCGUCUCAGUUCCCUUAUCCGGCAAAAACAGCAGACACAGAUUUGACGGUUCCGUCGUCAACUACAACGUCAACCAUGACUUCUCUUCCUUCAGAUGGAAAUGUCACCGAAUCUGCAGUUGCAUCGUCUCAAUUCCCUUAUCCGGCAAGAACGGCGAACACAGAAUCGACGGUUCCGUCGUCAUCGCCAACGUCAACCAUGAUUUCUCUUCCUUCAAAUGGAAAUGUCACUCAAUCAACAGUUCCAUCGUCUCAAUUCCCGUAUCCGGCACAAACAACAGACACAGAUUUUUCCGUUCCGUCAUCAACGCCGCUUCCCUCAGAUGGAACUGUUACUCAAUCAACAGUUCCAUUGUCGAACGGAGAUUUGCCUAGCACAGAUACGAUGCAACCGAUUACCUCACAGUCUCCUGAUAGUACAGCAAUUCCAUCGUCUAUUCCCACAGAUAUGACGUCGGAAACGAUUUUAAUGCAGCAAUCAGCUACGACUCCCCGUAAUUUCCCCUAUCCAUCCGUUUCAAAUGAUUUAAUAGCACAGAGCAGUACAAUAUCAAAAGUUUCCGUACCACCUAACACAACACCAAUAACUACAACCACGACACUUGAACAGAAAUCAGACACAGCUACAACAGAAGACUCAUCCACAACGCACAGCUUAUCAAAUUUUAAAGUAAGUCCAGAUAGAGUAUCCGUCUAUUCGCCUAACGACAUCUCGAGCACUUUUCUGCCUGACGAAUCUGCAUUCACAACGGUCUCAAUCUCUGGCCGAGUAUUAACUACGACUCCCGUUACCAGCUCAACAACUACAACAUCAAAACCUUACCCUAACACCGAACCUUCGACCAACACUAAAACCACUGACCAAGACGUCUCCUCUAAUACAAUCAACACAAAUUCAGCUACUGACAAAACUGAUGUAACUAAUUUAAUUAAUCAACUGUCCCUAACAACUAACGCAGUUGAAUCGAGCACGACCUCAACAACGGCCGACAGCCGCGACGGGCGACGUUUGAGUUUCGAAAUUCCGCCAGCGACCAACGAUAUUUCUGAACCGCCAGAGAAAGACUACUACAUUUUUGCCGUGUUGCAAAACAACACAAUAUUGCGGAAACGUCCGAGUCGUUUUCCAAACAAAAAUACGCCAUUUUUAAUUUACGGCGUCUUGCCCAACAAUACUCUGAUUCAAAAGUUUCCCAAUGGAACGAUAGUUCCAAUGGAACCGGUGAUACAGGUAAAUGGAUUUGAUACGCGCGAAUUUCCCCAGACUCCAGCGGAAUUAAUAAGUAACCAAGUAACAACGAACCAGGAGCCUCAACGGAAUAACAAGCCUGUAACGAUCGAAGCCGAAGCUAAUGAGUUAUCGGUACGUAGCGGUUCGACUGCGCCAUCUCUACCGCCCAUUGUCGAACUACUUGGUGGCAAAACCGUCAGUGAGUUUAACAACAUCAUCAACAAAACCAAAGAAGUGCAGACUUUGAAGGUUGAUCCAAUGACAAAUCGAGUACUGCUCGACUCAGUUGAUUACUCCAAGAACGUUUUGUACCGUUGGAAACCUGUUAGUCGAAUUAUUGAUCUGGAUCAACAGCUUGAGAGCAGAUCAACAAAAACCGAUGCCCCCAGUACAUCAAGCACCACAGUUACAACCACAACAACUUCAGCACCGUUCACAUCUCCACCUGAAACUACAACAGUGACUUCCACUUCAACGUCGACUGCAUCAACCACUACAUCAACGACUGCAUCAACCACUACAUCAACGACUACAUCAACGACUGCAUCAACGACUGCAUCAACGACUGCAGAAACUACAAUGCCAGCUCUAACAACAGAACAAACAACUUCAAUUGCAGAGAUUGAUGUGGAGGCAAACGCUUUGGGACUUUCAAUAUCGGCCGAUCCACCGACAACUCAGACUCCCCCGCCUUUUACGUUAAUGGAUUUGCUAACGAACGCGACCAUACCGCCAACGUCCACCGUCGUAUCGGUUCAAGAUCUCAAAGUAGAUGAAAGCAAACUUACCGAUCAACAGCGACAAGACUGGGAGAUCCUCAAAGCUUUGGAAAAAGAGCAGGAGGCAAUUCUCAAGCAACUUGAAUUCUUGACCAGGCUGAACUUGGGCGGAACAAAAUCAGGGAAUAGUGGUGGUUUGGCCAACAGGGUUGUUGCUCAAGCCGUCGAGAAUGACAAUCGCCAAUCCAAGAAACUCUCCGAGCCAUCGAGCGAUGAAAAAUUAGGAAAUGAAAUUAGUACUUCUACGAGCCCGAUCGUUCCGUCGACGUACGGCAAAAGUAAUGACGCGUUGUUGGCGUCGCUCCUUAAAGAAUACGGCGUUGGUCCUACCACUCCAAAAGGUUUUUCGGAUGCUUUCAGUAAAGCACUACUAACAACGACAAAACCACCCACUAGAAAACCAACGACUCAGGCCCCCGGUCCAUUGAUGCAGGGCUUGAAUUGGUUAUUAAACACUUUAGCACCACAAGCGACUCCCAAAUCGAAACCAAAACCGACGACUCCUAAACCAAUCAGAACAGAACCGCCUUCUGUGGUACCGCAAUUAAAACCUAGAAGUCCGAUGAUUACUGAUAAACACCUCGAAAUGCUCAUUCAGCAACUGGAAGCAAUCCAAAAAGAUCCUAAGAAAGCCAAAAAUUUAGACAUCGAAGCUCUACGAAAGCUUCAAACUAUGAGUCGAAUUAUGGCGACCACUACGGCAAAAUCGCCUAUUGAAAAUGAAAUUACGCCCGUUCUUAUCAACCGAGGAAGCCUAGGACUAGCGAGCGCUCCUCUCCCAUUGAGCGUAACCAACAAUUUAGACGACGCAACAACAAAAGCUACCACCACCACGACCAGCCAAUCUCGUAUACCACCCGUCAAACUGAAUCCAGUUCCAGGUGUUCCCGACGAGAGUCCAAUGAUACGAGGACAACUGGUCAACUACGCUAUUAACAUUACCAAAGCAAUUUCGUCCUUCUUGGGGACGGCGUUACAGGACGCAUCCAAUCGAUUCGUGAAUAUUGUUUCGAGCGGUUCGGGAAACAAUUUAUUUAACUCAAGUUUUGACGGAAGCGCGUUGCCAAGCUCGUCUAGCGGUUAAGGGCGCAGCAAGUAGAUUUCAAUCAUUUAUCGGAUUCGUAUCAAGGACUAAUUGAUCAAAUCGACCAGGAUGAACAUAAAAACGUGUGCUAUAUUUAGAUAAAAUUAUUUAUUAUCCAAUUUGCAUCUUUUUUUUUGUUGUUAUUAGACGAAUUUGCUAGAUUGUUACGCGUAUGUUAUAAUUAUUCGUCACCUUAAAUUAAUUCAGGUGUGCGAACAAUUCAGAUUCCUAUUUGUGAAACAGUCUGAAUGUUAUUUUUAUGUUAUUUAUAACUCUUUUUAUAUUGACUGUACUUAGCUAAUAAAUACUUAUGUAAGAAUACCAGCUGAUAAAAAAUACUCAUUAUGUUUGCUCUAAUUUUUA